UGGAUAGCUCAGUUGGUAAGGCAUCGGUUUGGCAUACGGGAGACGGUGGUUCGAAUCCCGCUUGGGGCAAAAAUGAGCACAUAACACCAUCCAGUGUGGGUCCUUGGGCAAGAUCCUUCACGCUAAUGCCUACCUCAUACAAUGAUGAGAGACAAUAAAACGAAUGACAUGCCGGCUCAGACGUCGCCCGGCCAAACAAGGUCUGCGUCAGGUGCUGGGGGACCAGAGCACCUUGAUGAAAAAUGGGCUACUGGAACAAAGCGGAGAUGGGCGAGAUGCGAUAACAUGGCUCUGUUGGAAUGCUACUACUCAAGCAACCCUAGUCAGAGGGGUUACAUGCAGAGAAUGUGGGCUAAAUGGUUACUUCGAAACCCACAGUCACGGUUGACCGCGAAACAACUAGUAGCUCAGUGUUCCAACAUCCACAAACGGCAACUGCUGUCACAACUUGAGAUUGAUGAGGUACAACGCAGGUACCAUGAUGAAGGGCCCCAGGCUGCCAGAUCAGAGGAGGAGGUCUUACAAGAGAUUGGGAGGCAAGCCCCAAUGAAUGCAGAUGAUGAGAUUGGGUGGCCAGCCCCAAUGAAUGAAAUGCUGAGCGAGGCAGCAACUGACCUGAAAGCUAAGAUCAUGGCGAGAAUGAAAGCUGGGCAACCUAGAAACCGAUUACAACGGCUAUGUGAAGUACCAUCUGAAAGUCUCAUAGAAAGUGUGAAUGCAGCACUGAGGGCGAUCCCUACCGUAACGAUCACAGAAACCAAUGAGCUGAUAUACGCUUCAGCAUCAGUGAUCCUGGAGACUCUGGGCUAUAAGAGCAACCAUGGAAGCCAUGAGAUACGUUACCCACCAUGGAAAAGACGGUUGGAGGCUAAGAUAAAGGCGGCCCGGAAAGAUGUGAGUCAAUUAACGGAGGCCCAGAGAGGUGUGAUGAAAAGGCCGAUACCCGAGAGGUACAUCCAGAUGACCAUACCUGAAGCACUCGAAACUGCCAAACAAAGGCUCCAAGCCUUGUCCAGUCGCCUAAAGCGGUACACGAAAGAGAAUGAGGCCAGACGAAUAAACAGGCUGUUCGCAACACAACCUGCGAAAGUGUACGCUCAGUGGCAGGGUCCUAACAACAGAGCUGACCCACCAAGACUGGAAACUGAAAGGUACUGGAAAGGCAUAUGGGAGAAGGAGGUUGCACAUAACAGCAGUGCACAUUGGCUGGUGACCCUGAGAGAGGAGCACAGCAACCUCCCUGAACAGAACCCGGUUACCAUAACAGUGGCAGACAUACAGGAAAGAGUCUCAGAUAUGAAGAACUGGACAGCACCAGGCCCGGACAUGGUCCACACCUACUGGCUAAAGAAACUCACAGCACUCCAUGAGCGCCUAGCAGUACAAAUGAACCAGCUGCUGAGGGAUGGGACUCACCCAGAAUGGCUAACCGAAGGGCGAACCAUCCUGAUCAUGAAGGAUCCCUCAAAGGGUGCAGCCCCAUCCAACUAUCGGCCAAUAACCUGUCUCUCCACAACAUGGAAGCUCAUGUCAGGCAUCAUUGCGGCUAAGAUAAGUGGACACAUGGAUCAAUACAUGAGCGAAGCACAGAAGGGCAUUGGUAGAGAUACCAGAGGAGCCAAACAUCAGCUCCUGGUUGACAGAACAGUCGCACAAGACUGCAGGUCCCGACGUACCAACCUGUGCACAGCCUGGAUUGAUUACAAGAAAGCCUAUGACUCGAUGCCACAUACAUGGAUCACUGAAUGCUUGGAGUUGUAUAAGGUGAACAGGACCCUCAGAGCCUUCGUUGCGAACUCGAUGAGGAUGUGGAAAACCACACUUGAAGCCAAUGGCAAGCCACUUACCCAAGAUCUACAGCAGCGACAUCGGGAUGUCAUUCGGGCUUGAGAAAUGUAGUCGGAUGGUGACUCAGAGAGGAAAGGUAGUCCGCACUGAAGGGGUCUCACUCCCAGAAGGAACAAUAGCAGACAUUGAGGACAGCUACAAGUACCUUGGUAUACCACAAGCCAAUGGCAACCUCGAACUGGCAACAAGGAAAGCGGCUACGGCCAAAUACCUCCAGCGAGUGAGGCAAGUCCUAAGAAGCCAGCUCAAUGGCAAGAAUAAGACCCUGGCAAUAAACAGCUAUGCCCUGCCAGUGAUCAGAUACCCUGCAGGAAUAAUAAGG